AUGAAAAGAAGCACUGAAUGCAAAGAUCAGGAAAAGCAAGAAAAAGCAUCUACCGUAGCAGAGAGGGAAGAGGCCCUGCGAACCCUCAUCCAGAAAAUACAAGAAGCAUGCUUUGGAACGGAUGUGAAAACGCUGAUAGCUAGGAAGCAAUUAAAGAAAACUUCGCGGUUGGUAAAGUUGACACCAUUUAUCGAUAAAAACAAAAUUCUACGUGUAGGUGGUCGAUUGGAAAAUGCGACGGAGCUGUAUGAAAGUCGUCAUCCAAUAGUGCUGGACCCGGACCAUCAUUUAUCCAUCCUGCUGAUCACCGAAGCCCAUGUUCAGACGGCCCAUGCCGGAGUGGAAAGAACUUUGGUGGAAGUGCGGGUGAAAUACUGGCCGUUAAAAGGAAGGCGGGCGAUUAGAAGAGUAGUAAAGAAAUGCGUAGAAUGCAAGAUACAGCGUGUAAGACCAGCCCCACCGAUGAUGGCUCCACUUCCAAGGCCCAGACUUGAACCAUUCCAGCCAGCUUUUGCCAGCGUCGGGCUCGACUUCUUCGGACCAUAA